AUGAGGUGCUGGCUCCUGCUGCUCGCCCUGCUGCUGGGGGCUGCCCUCCCGCCGCGCCAGAGGGUCAGCUACUCAGUCCCUGAGGACUUCUCUGCUCCCCUGGAGCUCCCACAGCAGCACUUUGGCUUGGUGGAUGAUUACGGCAUCAAGCCCAAGCAGCCUCGCCUAAGAACCCGUGUGGCCUGGGAGCGGCCGGUGGGGCUGCGCAGAGCUGGGAAAAGCAAGCGUGAUGAGCUUGACUUGCUGGAGUACUACUAUGAUGCCCAUCUGUGA